UUGUGGAUAGCGAGAGAAAAGCAACCUCGACGUCGACAACUAACGACACUCCCUCCCGUCUCUCUCAAUCGCCAAAUACAUCCAAAAUGGCUGACGCCGCUCCCCGUGGACGUGGAGGAUUUGGCUCGCGCGGUGGUGACCGUGGCCGUGGCCGUGGCCGUGGUCGUGGCCGUCGCGGCGGUGCUAAGGAGGAGAAGGAAUGGCAGCCCGUCACCAAGCUCGGUCGUCUCGUGAAGGCCGGCAAGAUCACCAGCAUGGAGCAGAUCUACCUGCACUCUUUGCCCAUCAAGGAGUUCCAGAUUGUGGACUUCUUCUUGCCCAAGCUCAAGGAUGAGGUUAUGAAGAUCAAGCCCGUCCAGAAGCAGACCCGUGCCGGUCAGCGUACCCGCUUUAAGGCCGUCGUUCUCAUCGGUGACUCUGAGGGCCACAUCGGUCUCGGUAUCAAGACCUCCAAGGAAGUUGCUACCGCCAUCCGUGCCGCCAUCACCAUCGCCAAGCUCGCCGUUCUGCCCGUCCGGAGAGGUUACUGGGGUUCCAACCUUGGUGAGCCUCACUCUCUGCCCGUCAAGCAGAGUGGAAAGUGUGGAUCCGUGUCCGUCAGACUUAUCCCCGCUCCCCGUGGUACUGGACUUGUUGCCUCCCCCGCCGUCAAGCGUCUGCUUCAGCUUGCCGGUGUCCACGACGCCUACACCCAGUCUACCGGUUCGACCAAGACCCUCGAGAACACCCUCAAGGCCACCUUCCAGGCCGUCGUCAACGUCUACGGCUUCCUUACCCCCAACUUGUGGUCCGAGACCAAGCUCACCCGGAGCCCUCUGGAGGAGUUUGCUGAUGUCCUCCGUCAGCCCAAGAAGUACUAGGUGCUCUGUAGUGAUGGGAUUAAAUUAAAUUUGCAUGACUUGUUUUGACCAACUACCUCUUUUCUACGGAUUCCUUUUUACUUUUUUUUCCUGACUGGAGGACCGGU